AUGAAUCAGGAAGAGUUGCUGGGUUUCCUGCUGAACGAUAGUGGUAACAGCCAGAAAAAAUGCGUCGCGGAUGAGCACGUCUACUCCAAUUGGUUGAAGAACGGUAGCGACGAUCAAAAUGCGUCCCGUGAGAGGUCGCAGGCUGCAGCUGCAGCUGCAGCUGCAGCUGCUCCGGCGCGGAAGGUGCCGGUAGAUGCUAUGCAAGAGGAUGUGGACGAGCUGUUGAGCGGCCUAGAAGGUAUCAUCGGAAGCGCAGACGCUCUCAGUUCGAAGACUAAGUCAAAGGGCAAAACUAAAAAGGCUAGAUCAAAACCUAAGAAGGAGAACGUGCAGGUCGACAAACAGUCUAUGCUGUUCGAGACCGAAGAUGCUGGCGAGGAGAGCACCCAAGACGCCAAAGAGCCGUCUGUGUCGCCAGAUCUCGAGCGCUCAAAGAGGAAAGAGAAAGGAAGGAAAAACGCCAAGGAGCUGUCGUACGAUGAACUGAAAGAUAAGCUAGAGAUCACCACCCGCAAAUCACGUCUCGAGUGCAAAGAUUUGAAGAAAAAAUUGAAUAGGCUGGAAAGGAGAAACGUCGAACUUGAGCAACGCCUGGAAGAGUUGGCAAUUGAAAAUCAGACCCUGAUACAGAUUAACAAAAGGCUCUCAAAAGAUGCGGACCAUGACGAAGAGGCUUCGAAGGACCAGAAAAGCAAGGAAAAGGACCGGAAAAGAAGGGAAAAAAGAACAGCAAGAAGGAAAGAGGAAAGGAAACGAGAAAAGCACAUAAUACCGGAAGCAAUUCCUUCAUCAACCGAUACGGAUGGACAACCUAUAGAAUUCUGA